GGUUCAUUUGAAAACAAACUGUAAACAGUGCGCAUCGGUUAUCAACAGGAGGAACGAUUAGCAAUAAAAAGUUUAAAAUUAUUUGAAAUAAUUCAUUAAAUUAUGUCCGAUAUGUCCAACAAUGAUGAUCCGCCGAAUCCGGCAGUCUUAAAACCGCGACGAGAACUAAUAAUUGAAGAUAUUCAAACUGAAAUGGACAAACAAUUGGACAAGAUCGCUGUGAUAAACGAUUUUAUGUCCUUGCAUUGUGAGAGGAAAUUAAUCAAGGACGAUCUGGCACAGUUGAAGGAGAGAACCGCUGAAUUAAAGGAACUUGUGUCCAUUGCUCGUGAAAAAGUACGAAUCUUCAAAACUGUCGAAAAAGCCGAAGCGGAAACAUUGAUCAACGAUAUGAGAAAUCAGCAUUUAGCGAUGAUGCAAAAGCUCGAAGAACUGGACAAUUCAGAGAACGAUUCGUAUUCGUCCAGUGGUAGAAGUCAACACGAACAACGAACGGCAUCGCCAGUGCAACCAUCGACUCCAAAACAAAAUCGAAUGACUUUUACGGUAAAAGUGAACACCAUAACACCCAAGCGUCAUCAGUCACCUUUUGGACUACGCGUGGAUCCACGGUGUCUCGGUGUCUUAAAAAAACAGUUUCAGCUACACAUCGAUCCGAGCGAAUUCGACAGAAUCCCCAAGUAUAUGAGGGGUAGAGAUUCAUUAGACGAGCUUACAACCUUUCUGGAAACGGUCAUCGUCAAAUGCUUCAUCAACAAGUACACAUUACUGCAUCGUGACCGGGAAAACGUUCAGCCCGGUGAAAUGACUCGAUGGCAAAUGUAUCGCUCGCAAAUGGAAUACUUCCCAGGUGACAUGUUUAUAACAGAGGGCGAUAUUUCAACGUUGCUGGGCAGGAUGAUGGACAAGAAGAUGAACAAUCGCAUUGCUAUGCUGAGACAUUUGAACGGCGGAAUUAUUCAGGAAGUACGUCGUGGCAUGGCAACAUGUUACAUAUGGAAAGGGAAAAAGUGAUUUGUAGGAGAGGAAAAUUGUACAUUUAACUUUUAAUUGUAAACUGGAUGAGAUUGCAGAGCAAAUAAAUGUGUGGGAAACUCCCAGACCUUUCAUUUUAA